AUGCAGAGCGGCGAGGAGCACGACGACGAGGACGACAUGCCCCUGGCCCACGGCGACGACGCUCCGGCGCCACCGACCGCAGACCCGUCACAUGUCGCAGUCCUGCCCUCCUCCGAGGCGACCAGCCCCUGGGUCCUCCAGCGGCGGGCCUUUUUCGGCGGCGGCAACCGCGUGAUCCGCGACUACGUCGACCUGCCGCGCGACUACAAGGACAGGACGGGGCUGGCGUUCCGCCGGAAGGAGGAUCCGCUGAGCCAGGAAGAGGUCGAGCGCAUAUUCGGCGGCGACAGCCAGCUGCGCCCGGCCAGCGCCAACUACCUCCUCCGGGUGCUCCACGGGCGGCGGGUGGCGGGCACGCUCGACGACCCGACGCUCGCCGUCAACACGAUGCACUACGACGAGGGGGACGUUGCCAGGGCGCUCGCGCACCUCCGCGAGACGGUCAAGGUGGACGAGGUGCUGAAUGCGGGGCUGAGGGCAGAAGACGAGCUGGCGCAGCUGGAGGAGGCGGAGGCGGAGGCGGAGAUGCAGAAGCAGGAGCAGGAACGGAAGCAGGAGCAGGAGCAGGAGCAGGGGCAGGAGCAGCAGGCCAGGGAUGAGGCCGAGGCUGCCGCUGCUGCGGAGGGGCUAGGGGGGAAGAUCGAGGUCGAAUACAGGGAUGACCCGGUGUACGGCCGCAGCCGAUUCGACGCGAUACGCGCGCGGAACGAGGCACGCGACCUGGCGCGGCUCAAGGCCAUGGAGGAGGCGGACAGGAGGCGCGAGGAGGAGGCGCUGCGCAAGGCGGCCGAGCUGGGCGGCACCGGCGUGGUGGUGUACGACCGGAAGGGUCGGGCGGCGCACUCGCUCGUCGAGGUGGGCGAGGGGCAGCGGCCGAUCACGAACCCCAAGAUCGCCGAGUACCACCGGGCGGCCAUGUCGGACGAGGCCGAGCCCGAGGCCAUGAGCCUCUGGCGGCGGGUGUGGCCGUCGGCGGCGGCGUGGCUGCUGGGCGUCGGGCUGAUGGGCAGCCUGACGGUGGUGUACGAGGAGCCGGCGGACCGGCACCGGCUGUUCCCGCAGGUGUCGGCGGCGACGGCGACGGUGGGGGCGCUGGUGGCGGUCAACGUGGCGGUCUGGGUCCUCUGGAGGGUGCCUCCCCUCUGGAGGGUGCUGAACAGGCACAUGAUGCUCGUCGUCGGGCGGCCCCGGCCGCUGUCGCUCCUGACGGCCAACUUCUCGCACAUCGAGCUCGGCCACCUGGCGGUCAACAUGGCGACGCUGGUGGCGGGGGGGAUCCACCUGCACGAGGACCUGGGCCGGAUGGGCUACCUGACGCUGUUCCUGGCCUGCGGGUCGGCCGGGUUCCUGGGCAGCCUGGCGGUGUACGGGGCGCGCGGCAUGCUGCAGGUCUCGUCCAUGGGGUCGUCGGCGGCCAGCAUCGGCGUCCUGGCCGCCUACUUCUGGGAGCACAGGGACGACCGGUUCCGCUUCCUCGGCCUGCCGCAGGACGGCGUCCACGGCAUCGUCUGGUGGGCCCUGCUCGUCGGCUACUACGUCUACGAGGGCCUCUCCGUCUUCGCCCUCCGGAACAGGAGCGACGUGGUCUCGCACUGGGCCGGCCUGAUGGCCGGCAUGGCCGGUAUACAGGUCAUGGACUGGGCUGGCGUGUAUUAUACACGGUCAAUGGGUGUAUGA